AACGCCGUGAACGUGCCCAGGGACUUUGAAGGCUGCAGCAUCCUGCGGAAGUACUUUGGCCAGCUUCACUACCUGCAGAGCCGCAUCCCCAUGGGGGAGGGUGCUGCCCAGGACACAAGGGUGGUGGUACGUGUUCUUCAUGGGAAGCUCCCAUUCCGCGUCAGAGGGCCAGCGUGGGUGCAGAGGGCAGAGCGAGCGGGCCGCCAGAAGACAGAGAUCUUCUCCGGCAAGGCAGUGACUCACGAGGAUAUCAAGUACGAGCAGGCCUGCAUCCUCUACAACCUGGGUGCCUUGCACUCCAUGCUGGGGGCUAUGGACAAGCGGGUGUCGGAGGAGGGCAUGAAGGUCUCCUGCACCCAUUUCCAGUGCGCCGCCGGCGCGUUCACAUACCUGCGGGACCACUUCCCCCAUUCCUACAGCGUCGACAUGAGCCACCAGAUCCUCAGUCUCAACAUCAACCUCAUGCUGGGCCAAGCUCAGGAGUGCCUCCUGGAGAAGUCGAUGCUGGACAACCGCAAGAGCUUCCUGGUGGCCAGGAUCAGUGCCCAGGUGGUGGAUUACUACAAAGAAGCUUGCCGGGCCUUGGAGAACUCCGACACCGCCUCCCUCCUAGGGAAGAUCCAGAAGGACUGGAAGAAGCUGGUGCAGAUGAAAAUCUACUACUUUGCUGCUGUCGCACAUCUGCACAUGGGGAAGCAGGCCGAGGAGCAGCAGAAGUUUGGGGAGAGGGUCGUCUACUUCCAGAGCGCUUUGGACAAGCUCAACGAGGCCAUCAAACUGGCUAAGGUACGGCUGGUCUUUUGCUUAGGGCCCCUGAGCCUGGAAUGCCGUGCUCCUCUGGUGAAGGCCCUUCCCGUCAACCCCACAGACCCAGCAGUGACGGGCCCUGAUAUCUUCGCCAAGCUGGUCCCGAUGGCCGCCCACGAGGCAUCUUCGCUGUACAGCGAAGAGAAGGCCAAGCUGCUGAGAGAAGUGAUGGCCAAGAUCGAAGCCAAGAACGAAGUGCUGGA